AGUCGGCUGCACGCUCACAGCUGGAUGGAUAGCAGCGUCUCCGCCACGGGGGGAGAAGGAUGUGAAUUUUCUGCGUUUUUCAAGUUUGUCACUGGCAGGGAGCAGCGGCUCGGACUCGGACUCGGCUCGGCUCGGCUCGACUCAACCGGCCUCACCGGGUGGUGCGAAGAGCGCACCAGACGCUACACACGGCGCGCGGCAGACCGUCGGGACACAAACCCCCGUCAUUUUUCAUGAGUUGACUUUGAGAUUUUUUUUUUUUUUUCGCCCACGACCAGUCCGUUUAGCCGCCGACCAUCCGUCCAGUGAGCCCCGCACAGACACAGGGAGCCAUGAUGGAGUCUAUCCUAGACAGUUUAGCGGCGGAGAAACUGUAUCCGUCUGGAGGGACCAACCUGUUGGACCUGGAGGAACUCAGCGACGGAGAUUUCCUCACUAAUGUGCCUUUCUCAGGCGACCAGAUGGACGACUUCAGCAGUGAAUUAUUCAACAGUUUCUUUGACGACCACCUAUUAGAGCGACCACUGCUGGCAGACAGACCUUCGCUUUUACACAUGGACAUAGACAGCAGCCCAGAUAUUCAAGCAGAGCACAGCUACUCUUUGAGCGAAGACUCCGCCCCCCAGAGCCCAGCCCUGUCAAUCAAAAUGGACCAAGAGUCUGAGUUUGAAUGGAGCUUCAGUCAGGACCUGUCAGCCAUCUUGGUGAAACAGGAGGAACCAGAUGUGGGUCAAAGGUUAGACCCUCAGCCUCUGGAAGGCCCGCCUCUCAUAUUAAGCCCUGCCCCCCCACACAGAGGAUCGGCUUGGAAACACACGGAGCACAGUCAAGAUGAUAUGAAACCAGUGGCUAUAAAAGAUGAACCCAGAGAGAUUGGACAGUAUCUCAGCCUGCCCAGCGACGAUGCUCUCCAGCUCCCGCCCACCCCUCCCAGCAGUAACCACGGCGACAGUGACGGUUCCCUCCCUCCCUCCUCCCCACACCUCCCCCUGCCCCCGUCUUCCCCUCAACCACAACAGAGGCCAGGAGGUCGUGCCUCUUCCUCUUCCUCCUCCUCUUCCUCAGCCAUCUCCUCUUCACCUCUCCUCACUGCACCACAUAAGCUGCAGGGUUCAGGACCCCUCAUGCUUACAGAAGAAGAGAAGAGGACCCUGGUUGCUGAGGGUUACCCGGUACCCAACAAACUUCCUCUCACCAAGAGUGAAGAGAAAGCACUGAAGAGAGUCCGACGGAAGAUUAAAAAUAAGAUCUCAGCUCAGGAGAGUCGGAGGAAGAAGAAAGAGUAUGUGGAAUGUCUGGAGAAAAAGGUGGAGAGCUACACGUCAGAAAACAGCGACCUGUGGAGAAAAGUAGAAAACUUGGAGACUGCCAACAGGUCUCUCCUACAGCAGCUCCAGAAGCUUCAGUCACUGAUUUCAGGGAAAGUUGUUCCCCGUUCUUGUAAAAUGGCCUCAACUCAAACAGGGACAUGCCUCAUGAUGAUGGCCGUGUGUUUUGUCCUGGUGUUGGGCUCCUUCUCCCCCUGCCUCUCUCCCCUCUCCUUCCUCACUCACAGCACCACCUCCUCCUCCUCCUCCUCUCACUCCUCUUCCUCUCCUCCUCUUCCGUCAGCGGACCUCUACACCACCAGUCAGGUCCGUUCCCGCAGCCUGCUCUUCUACAACGAAGGGGCUCCACUGGAGGAGAGUUUAGUGACAUCAGAAGGGGAGAGGCUACAGUCAGAAGCCCACUCCCACAUCCAGACAAGCCGUUACACGGCUGACGCCCACAGCAACCAGACAACUGGGCCCAAGUUAGACCGGAGAGAAACAAAACCAGACGGAGUCUCAGAGCUUUUCUGACAGACAGCUGACCCCUCCUCCCAUGACUUCUCACCUCUGACCCCUAAAAAGCCCAAAACCUCCUGAUUCCUGAACUCAACGGGCUUCAUAUCAACAUCCAACUGGACCAAAACCUGCCUGCGUCUACAUUACCCUGUCAGCAAGUCCACCAUCAUCCCUUUCAGUGAGUGACGUGCUCUGCCUCAAGACGUCCGACGCUGCAGCCCUCUCGCCCUCCACAGCCGGUGUCCUUCUUGUACGUAGUGCCUCACUUCUCUGCUUUAACAGAGUCUGCUACACCUGAAUAUACUUGAUUUUAAAGGGACCUUGUUAUUUUUAAAUUCAUUUUUAUGUUAUUUUAUAAUUCAUUCAUAUUCAGUUUAAACAACCAUGAAGAAUAUUUUGGAGAUACAUUAAAUCAAAAACAUAGGGUCUUGGCAACCCUCAGGCAAUUUUAAGCAUUUUAAUAAAAUUACUUCAUCACCGCUUAAGUUGCGAUCAUGUAAUAACAGCCCUAAAACAGUUAUUAGUGACCACAACCACUCUCGCCAUGUAGCAAAGAGCUUUAUGGGAAAUGUGGUCUUAAUGUUGAGAGAAUCACAGAAAACUUGACGGACCUCCACUGUGGGUAUCUGGUUUAUGUUAGCAUGUGGUGCUUGUAUUUUACUUCCAUGGCACUCUGGAUGCACUACAUUGGAUCAGUGCUUUAGUUUUUAACCAAUCACAUACCAUAUGUUAAUCAAGGGCUGCAACAAACGAUUAUCGUGAUUAUCGAUUCAUCUGUCAGUUAUUCUUUUGAUUAAUAAAUUAUUCACUUAGUGAAAAGGGCCUGUCACAAUAUCCAAGAGGCCAAGGUGACGUCUCCAAAUGUCUUUUUUUUUUUUUUUGUCUG